AUGAUGUCCAACGCAAGUAUGGUGUAUGUUCAUCAAACUACAAGCGUGUCUAGGAGAAAGAAGAUGCCAUUGAAAGACUUUAAGUAUAAUGCAGAAGAAGAUGGUGAUGUACCACCGUUGGUUACUGGUGACGAAGAUGAUUUAGAGAGUAUAUUAUCUAAUGUGAAAGCAGAUGGAGGUUUAAAUUUGGUUAGUGAGAAAAAGAUCAUGAUGGCUAAUAAGCAGUUUACUGAGGAGAAGGAAUCACGGCAAAAGAUCCCUGUAACCGUAAUUACAGGUUAUUUAGGGUCAGGGAAAUCUACAUUAUUAGAGAGAAUUGUACUUAAGGGCUCAGAGUUGAAGAUUGCUGUGAUUUUAAACGAAUUUGGAGAUUCUUCGGAAAUCGAAAAGUCGAUGACGAUUAGGAACAACGGCAAAUCCUACGAGGAAUGGUUAGAUUUAGGCAAUGGAUGUUUGUGUUGUAGUUUGAAGGAUGUAGGUGUUAAAGCCAUUGAGGCUAUGGUUGCGCGAUCGCCGGGGAAGAUCGAUUACAUAUUGUUGGAAACAAGUGGUAUCGCUGAUCCCGCACCAAUUGCCAGGAUGUUUUGGCAGGACGAGGGCUUAAGCAGUAACAUCUAUAUAGAUGGUAUUGUUACGGUUCUAGACAGUGAGCAUAUUUUGUCUUGCCUGGAUGAUGUGACAGGAGAUAGCCACUGGCAUGGUGAAAAGGUGGUUUUAGACGAUGGCAUUACAGUUGCACAUUUGCAAAUAGCGAUGGCUGAUACAAUACUUUUAAAUAAAAUUGAUAAAUUAGAAAAAUCCGAAAUGGCGGUUGCCCAAGUUGAGGAUAGAGUUCAAGGUAUUAAUGCACUUGCUCCUAUUUAUCACACAAAAUAUGGCAACAUAUCUCUAGAUAAAAUUUUGAAUUUACAUGCCUUUACCGUUUCUAAUAUACUAGAGACACAUGGGACCUUUCAUGAUCCACGGAUAUCAACAGUCACGCUGAGCUGUAGACCUUUAAAAAAUUACGAGGAAUUUCAAGUGAUUGAGGAGCAGUUUCUCCAAUUGCUUCUAUGGAGAGACUUUGGCAGGGAUGAGGAUGGGACAGAGAUUGGGCUGGAAGUUCACCGAACAAAAGCGCUGAUAAUCGUUGGAACAGAUGUAAAAAUUGUGCAGGGAGUAAGAAAUACAUAUGAUAUUUUACCCGGUGACCUUUUACCCAACGUCGAAGAAUGUAAGUUUGUUUUUAUUGGAAAGUACUUAGAUGCAGAGCAUCUACAAACAAAAUUAGAAAAAGCGCUGAAGAACCACGACAGCAGUACUAAAUAA